AUGAACAGCAUUCAAGUAUAUAAUAGUAAUAAUAAUAUUAAUAAUAGUAUUAUUAAUAUUUAUAAUAAUAGUUUAAAUAAUAAUAAUAAUAAUAAUAAUAAUAAUAAUAAUAAUAAUAAUAAUAAUAAUAAUAAUAAUAAUAAUAAUUUUAAUACUGCUAUAAAUGAUGAAUAUUAUUUUCAAAAUUUAAAUAAACAUAAUAAUAUUUAUAAUAAUAAUAAUAAAAAUUCAUUGUAUGAAUAUUUAUAUUUUUAUAAUGAACCAAUUAAAAUGGGUCACAUACCAUACCAAACAAAGAUAUUAAUAUUUUUAGAUGAAUUUAAUUUUCCAAUAAAUGUUGGUGAUAUUCCUCCUCAAGUUAUUGAAAUUCAUUUUGGGAAAAAAUUCAAUCAACCUUUAAAUAAAAAUGUACUUCCAAAAGGUUUACAAAGAAUUAGAUUUGGUAGAGGUUAUAAACAUAAUUUAAUACCUGGGGUAAAUUAUAAUCCAAACACAUUAUUAUCAAUUAAAUUUGGUGAUAAUUUAUUCGAUUUUGAAAAUGGUGGAGAAGCACCACCUCUUCAAAUUUAA